UUGUGCCCUGUCCCCGUUGUAGACCGCGCUAAGCUAGGCUAGCUGUCAACCCACGGAGCAGCAUCGCGCCAGGGACCCUCCAGGCUCCGCAGACUCCCUUAGCAAACACCUUUGCGCCGCACAAUGGCUGUCCCUCCUUCAUACUCAGACCUGGGCAAAGCCGCCAAGGAUAUAUUCAGCAAGGGCUAUGGCUUUGGUGUCGUGAAGCUGGACCUCAAGACCAAAUCGCAAAGUGGCGUGGAGUUCAACACAUCUGGCUCCAGUAACACAGACACGGGGAAGGCCUCAGGGAGCCUGGAGACCAAAUACAAGAUGAAGGAGCUGGGUCUGAGCUUCAACCAGAAGUGGAACACAGAUAACACACUGGCUACUGAAAUCACUGUGGAGGACCAGCUGGCUCAAGGACUGAAGGUUGCCUUGGACACGUCUUUUGUACCAAACACAGGUAAGAAAAGCGGGAAGCUGAAGACGGGCUACAAGCGUGACUACGUGAACCUGGCCUGCGACGUUGACUUCGAGGGUCCCAUCAUCCACGCUGCCGCCGUGCUGGGCUAUGAGGGCUGGCUGGCCGGCUACCAGAUGGCCUUCGACACUGCCAAGUCCAAACUGGCCCAGAACAACUUCGCCCUGGGAUACAGGGCUGGAGACUUCCAGCUGCACACCAAUGUCAACGACGGGACCGAGUUUGGCGGCUCCAUCUACCAGAAGGUGAACGACGAGCUGGAGACAGCGGUCACUCUGGCCUGGACCGCCGGCAGCAACAACACUCGCUUCGGCAUCGCUGCCAAAUACAAGCUGGAUAAAGACGCUUCUCUGUCUGCCAAAGUGAACAAUGCCAGUCUGAUCGGAGUAGGCUACACCCAGAGCCUUCGGCCAGGUGUGAAGGUCACCCUCUCAGCCCUGAUCGACGGGAAGAACUUCAACGCCGGCGGACACAAAGUCGGGAUGGGCUUCGAGCUGGAGGCAUAAAGGGCAGAACUCAGAUCCAUGAAGAAAGGAACAAAACAAAACAAAAAAAAAUCCCCGAACCACACACUCCUCUCCCCUCCCCUCCCCUCCCCUCCCCUCACCUCUCACACACACACACACACACUACUGCCCACCACCACCAUCAUGUAGCUCCCCCUCUCUGGACUUUCCCUCACAUUCUUUGCCCCGUUCUCACACUGUGUGAGUGUUUCUGACAGUAAUAGUCGAGUCUCAGCAUCAUGUUCAGACGCCGCUGAGAGCAGCGGUGAGGUCGGUCCUGAAACCGACGGUGCAUAGUUGUGUAUUAUUACCGUUUUUAUUUAUUUCCCUGUAGGUCUUGGAUGAAGUAGUCGUCGGUGUAAACGUGUAGCUCGGUAAAGCUUCUGUGUUCAGCUGUUCCUGCCUUCCUAAAAAAAGAAAAGGAAAAAUAAAGCAUGUGAGGAAGAAAACGCAGGUGCAGAGCUGAAAGCUGAUUCGCUUGGUUAAAAAGGUGCUGAGUGUCUGUUUCUCUUUUUGCUUUGGGCUGAGCUGUAAACCUGUGGACUGUUUAAUCCAUUUCAGUGUUUUGAUGCAACACAUUUCAUGGACAGGACUGAAACACUGAAGUACCGAAGGUAAAGGCUGAUUCCUGCAUCCACUGAAUGAAGGAUCUGUAAAACGGAACGGUGAAAGUCUGCUCGGCGCAGACGCUGUUGAUCCUUUGUGACUUCUCGUUUCGGUAGAUGAAAUCAAUGUAGUGGAAUCUUCUGGUAGCCUGUGUAGUUAGUUUUCAUUUCUACGGUGUUGUUUUCAUCUAUCUGUCUCAGUCACGGAGACAGUGGGGACAUUCUGCGCGCUUGUCUCGUAGGUAUCUCAGCUGUCUGUUGUCUUAACUUGAUGCUGUUUCCUCACGUUGCUGCUCUACACUCCUCAGAUCUGUACACAGACGUGCAGCCGAUUGUCCUCCGAGUGGCUGCAGUUAACGCUUGAUAGGAUGAUGUAAGAGGCUGUUUCCCACACGACUGUCCUGUUUUUUUUUUUUUUUUUUUGGUAAUCAUGCAUCAGUGUGUGUUUUCCAUCUAAUUAAACGAUCAUGAUUCGAAAGCUCAUUUUUCUUUGUCACUUAGACACAGUACCUCAUUUUUUUCCAAUGUUAACUAAAGGAAUUCUAAUAAUAA